AUGCCGCUCAAUCUCCCGGCGCUACUCCGUUCAAUUCUAUCACGCCCACGCCCACGCCCACGCCCAAAUCAACACCUCGCGAAUUUCAGCAGCCUUGCAAAUACAAGACCCGCCGGAAAUUCGCCGGACAAAAGCCUCGUCGUCUCCUUCCUGGUCGACUCAUGUGGAUUGUCUCCGGAGGACGCCAUUGCUGCUUCGAAGAGCGUGCAUUUCGACACACCCGUCAAGCCUAACGCCUUUCUGGAUCUUCUGAAAAAUGAGGGUUUCACAAAACCCCAAAUCUCCAGUAUCGUUAGGUCACUCCCCAGGUUACUUCUGUCGAAACCGGAAAAGUCAAUCCUUCCAAAGAUCCAAUUUUUCGAGAAGUCAUUGGCCUGUGUCCCCAAGGAGAAGGUUCUCGACACUAUCUCGAAAUACCCUUUUCUCUUGAUCAACAGUUUGGAGCACAAGCUCGCUCCUAACAUGGAUAAGCUAAAAAAUCUGCUCGGCCCUGAAAAGGCCGCCUCUCGCUUUGGCCGCGGAUUGUAUUUUUUAACCUGGGUCAACAACCAGGACAAGUUCAUCUCUAACAUGGACCACCUGCGGGAGAUUGGGGUGCCUAGCCGGAUACUCGAGAAGUCCAUCUUUCUGUGCCCUGGAAUUUUUUCAUUGGAACACUCUGAAUUCAAGAAACUCGUGCAGGAAGUGAAGGGAAUGGGUUUCAACCAGUCAAGAUUGGCGUUUUUCAUGGCCAUGCAUGCUCGUUCGGGGAAGUCCUGUUUGGCUCUUUGGGACCGGUGCUAUCAAGUUUAUCAAAAAUGGGGAUGGUCGAGGGAGGACAUAAUGGUUGCAUUCUUGAAGCAUCCCAAUUGCAUGCUUUGUUCGGAGAAGAAGAUCACGGAUGUUUUGGAAUUUGUGGUUUGUGAGUUGGGCAGGGAGGCUAGGUCGGUUUCUAGGUUCCCAACUAUAAUCUUUUUAAGUAUGGAGAUGAGGAUAGUCCCAAGGUGCACGUUUGUUCGUGACUUGGCUUCAAAGGGUUUGGUCAAGGAAGAUUGGAAGUUGAGAAGUGUGCUUGUCCUGAAGGAGGAAGAUUUCAUGAAGAGGUAUGUGUUGCGGUUUGCCAGGGAGGCACCGGAGCUUUGUGAAACUUACGCGUUAAGGAAAGCACGGGCUAGAAAGAAUUUGGGUUUUGUCAAAAUCAUGUGUUAG